CCACUUUCAUUACAGCAUACAUGAAGCAGACAAGAAUUGAAAAUGGCGACGGCAGAAGUAGUGGUUGAAACUGAAGCAGGCAUUGAUGAUGAACAAGCUGAGCCUGACCAGAUAGAAGAAAAUGAAGAUAACAAUAUAGAUAGCACCAGCACUAAGAAAAAAAAGAAGAAGAAGAAAAAAAAGAAAGCAAACCAGUCUGAAGACAGUGAAUCAAAUACUGGAUUAAGUGAAGAGAUCAAAGAUACUGAAAAUAAAAGUCCAAACAAAGAAAACUCAGAGAAUCCACCAAACUGCAAUAAUUCUGAAAACCCUCAAGACGAGAACAAGUCUGCUGUUAAUGAAGGAACUGCUAAAAAGAAGAAGAAGAAAAAGAAGCCAGCUUCUUCAAAUAAGGAAGAUGCAUCUACUGGUCCAAAACAACAAACAGACCCACCACGUGUACCUAUCUCUGAACUUUUUAGUGAUGGCAAUUAUCCAGAAGGAGAAAUCCUUAACUAUAAGGAUGAUAAUUUGUGGAGAGUAACCGAUGAAGAAAAGAAAGCAUUAGAUAGAUCUCGGAUAGAUAUUUAUAAUGACAUUAGACAAGCAGCUGAAGCUCAUCGCCAGGUUCGGAAACAUGUUAUGGGCUUCAUAAAACCUGGUUUAAAAAUGAUUGAUAUAUGUGAGAGGCUGGAGGCUGCCUCAAGGGCCCUUAUAAAUGAAAAUGGCCUUAAAGCAGGACUGGCAUUUCCCACGGGAUGCUCCAGAAACCACUGUGCAGCUCAUUACACGCCAAAUGCUGGAGAUAACACUGUCCUGGAGUAUGACGAUGUCUGCAAAAUAGACUUUGGAACACAUAUAAAUGGUCGUAUUGUUGACUGUGCCUUCACUGUAGCCUUUAAUCCCAAAUACGACAAUUUGUUAAAAGCAGUCAAAGACGCUACCAACACUGGGAUCAAGGAAGCUGGCAUAGAUGUUAGACUAUGUGAUGUUGGAAAGGCCAUACAAGAAGUAAUGGAGUCGUAUGAAGUCGAAUUAGAUGGCCGAACCUACCAGGUUAAACCCAUACGAAACCUAAAUGGUCAUUCGAUUGGCCCAUACAGAAUCCAUGCUGGUAAAACAGUUCCCAUUGUCAAAGGGGGUGAAGCAACAAAAAUGGAAGAAGAUGAAUUCUAUGCUAUUGAAACUUUCGGCAGCACAGGCAGAGGUGUUGUCCACGAUGACAUGGAAUGUUCACAUUACAUGAAGAACUUUGACGUUGGUCAUGUGCCCUUAAGGAUUCCACGAGCGAAACAGCUGCUACAUGUUAUCAAUGAGAACUUUGGUACAUUAGCCUUCUGCAGACGAUGGCUGGACAGACUGGGCCAGACUAAAUACAUCAUGGCACUGAAGAGUCUGGGUGAUGCUGGAAUCGUAGACCCAUACCCCCCUCUUUGUGACAUAAAAGGCUGCUACACAGCCCAGUACGAGCAUACUAUCCUGCUUAGGCCUACUUGUAAAGAAGUUGUAAGCAGGGGGGAUGAUUAUUGAAAGUUCCUAUGAAUUAUUAUCGGAGAAUGUCAAAUAACGAUACCUGCACAAGCCCCCGUUUACCAAGAUGUAUGUGUUUUUAUUGAUCUUUUUAAUCAAAGAUCUUGUCCAUCAUAUACAUGAAGUAGGUAGCUUGUUAUCAAGGUACUAUCAUGGUUUCAACUUCA